AUAUCUUGGUGGGGGGGCGCCAAAUAAAUUCUUGUUGAGUCCUGGUGCGUAUCAGACCCCGGGGUCUGCGGGGAAAGAGCCACCCGUGGACAAGGAGCAAGGGAGAGGCGAGAGGGGGAGCUCGGAGCGCCAACUGAUACAACUUGCCGCUGUUGCUCUCAGUCUCCGGGUGUGUGAACUCGCUCUCAGAGAGUGAUUCAUCGAGCCGGAGCUGAAUACGGUUCGCGGUUCCGGCAGCGCCCCGGUGGAGACAGAGAGAGAGAGUUCCCACCUCGGAUUCUUGUCCUUACUGUUUCCUUCUUGAUGGUUCGCCCCGAUGGUGUGAGCGACUGGAGCCCGCUGCUGCUGGACGCGGUUUGAUCUGAAGGCUCUGGAGUCACCAUGAGCGGCUGGCUGUUCCUGCCUCUGCUGAACAGCAUUUUAUCCAUCGCAGGAACGUGGACAGUCUAUGGUCUUGCCCGGGCUAAUGGCCAUGUGUGUCCCUUGAGCAACUGGGUGUACAAUCGUACUUGUUCUGUUCAAGUCUUGGUGAAAUGUUGUGCAAUUGAAAACAUGCCAUUCGUAAGCACCAGUGGCAUGAACCUCCCUGAAAACUCCCUCUACAGCGCCGUGCUCAAUUCAGUGUCUGUUUUAUUCGCUGCCGUGUGUAUUUUUCGACAUGCUCAGAUAUUGGAUCGGAAAGUGGAUGAUGCUACGUUGAGUAAGGGUGCCAUGAUUGUUGGCUUCUUUGGUUCUGCGGGAGGCUUCAUUGCUGGAAACUGUAACGUAAGUGCUUGUGAAUAAGACGAGAUAGAAUG